AUGGACUCUCAACAUAGCCUACCGAAGUACACGCUACGCAAUCAUACAGAUCCUAUAUCUGCUUUAGCCCUCUAUUAUCCAGCACGGGACACAGUUGUUCCAUAUUUAAUAUCUGCAGAUGCAUCAGGUAAGAUUGUCAUAUGGGAUUUGAUAACAAGAAGACCGGUCCAUACCUUCGCCUCAGGAGUUAUAAAAGCACAAGUGAUAUCUUUACAACUACUUUCAAAUAAUUUGCUUUCAGUCCUAUCGAAGGAUCAUAAAUUGAGUAUAUUCCAUAAUAAAGGUGAUGAGAUAAAAAGUUGGGAUUUGGUCUUUCAUGUCCCUGUUAAUACCCUGAACUUUGCAAACUGUAUUGUUUAUCACUUGGAUAAUGAACAGUUGGGGCUAGUCUGUUGUAAUACACAGGAUUCGGAAGCUAUUGACAUAUAUACUUUCAUUUUGAAUGAACAACAUUCUUUGAAAAGGCAAUUUAAUGCACUAAAUUUUUUCGGUUCAAUAAAAGAACUUAUUACAGAAAGGGAGGUUAACAAUAAGAAAUUGAAUUUUGAAAAAUUAGGAAUUGUGAUGAAGUUCACAAGAGAUUGCGAAAGUAAGGUUAUUUUUAUUGGAACGGAGAGUGGUUUGGUGCUGGGGUUCAAGAUACACGACAACAUAUCGUUUUCAUCUAAGAUUAUUAAUAACAGAGACUUUAAGGAAAAUAAACCAAAAAGUGGAUUGAGUAAGUUGUUAUCUGCAGAUGAUCAAAUACCCAAUGCACAAAGGCACUUCACCAAUGUUAUUGAACUUGUUUAUGUUUCAGACUUACAUUGUCCCAACCCUAUCCUUGAUUUAGAAAUUAAGGAUAAUAUUUUACUGAGCUGUUCCACCUUGAAAAAGAUUGGGAGUUUCUGUCUUAAAAAUAUUUCAGCUCAAGAUUCACAGACCAGGAUGUUGGAUAGCUAUAAGUUUUCUACCACUGAUAAUAAUAUUACAUUAAUGAGGGAGAAGAAUUUAAAAUUAUCGGAUAAUUCUUUCUAUGAGAUACCUUUUUCAAACGUAAGCCACGUCCAAUCGACAAAGGACUAUAUAUUGGCUGCUGAUUGGAAAGGUGAAACUUUUGUCUUUUCCAAUCAGAGAGAAAUAUCUACACUGACACCAACAAUACUUGCUACUUUUGAGAAAAGUAGAAGUAGCAUCCCUAUAAAUGAAUCAUCUAAGGGUAAUUUACAAAACGUAAACAGCUCAAGUGGACCAAAGAAGGCAAAUAAAUCCAAAGUUAGAUCCAUAAUAGCGCUAGACAGCACGACGAACUCACUGGAUGAAACAUUACAUUCAAACCUUGAGCUAAUGAAUAAGCGAAGGAAUGUGACUAAAAGCAUGACACCCGGUCAGCAAAGGCGAUUAUUAAAAUUCGCCGAAACUUCUUGGUGUAUAAUUGGUUACGAUGACGGUUGCAUUUCCCUUCAUGAUUUAAAUGAUACACGAGCAUCAUAA